AAUGUCAAUCACACACGAAAUGUUUUAGGUUAUGUUUGAGCUCUGGCUCUGCCUCUGUGACUGUAAAGGAAUCUUUUAUUACAAAGUUAAGAUUUUCAGUACGAAAGUAAAAUAAAGAAAAGUUAAUUUCAUGGAAUAACUAUCGACCGCAAACGUGUCGUCUAUUUUCACUGCUCAUAAUGUUUUUGAAGAAUUUGAUGCACCGUCCCUUGAAACAUGGAGUAACUCUGACAAGAUUCAACUCUUCACUGCCUGCAAGUGCUCCUGACAGUGACUUAGAACAACAGCAGUUGAAGAAAAACCCACUGGACUACCCUGAUUAUUUUAAAGUUCAUAAUUUAUUCACUGUCAAGGAUUUGUUUGAAGCUCGUGUGCAUUUUGGGCAUAAAGAAGGGUCACUCAAUGAUUACAUGAGGCCUUACAUAUACGGUUCUCGUCAGGGUCAUUUAAUAUUUGAUUUAGAUAUCACAGCAGAACAUUUGCGCAAAGCAUUGAAUUUCACCGCUCAUGUUGCAUACCGAGGAGGCAUAAUUUGUUUUUUCAAUAGGAAUGCUUUGAAUGCUCACCAGGUUGAAAAAACUGCACAAGAAUGCGGAGAGUACGCCCACACAAGGUUUUGGCGUGGUGGUAUUUUCACAAAUGCCAACCAUCAGUUUGGUGCAGUCACCCGGCUCCCAGAUUUGUGUAUAUUUUUAAAUACCCAAAACAACAUUCUCAAUCAACACACAGCAGUCAGAGAUAGUGCUAAAAUGCUUAUACCAACAAUCGGCAUUGUGGACAGCAAUUGCAACCCUAAUUUAAUUACAUAUCCAGUCCCAGGGAAUGAUGACACCCCAAUCGCAAUAGAACUAUACUGUAAACUUUUCAAAGAAGCCAUACUACGCGGUAAAGCGGAAAGAAUGAAAUUUUUGCAGGAAAAUAAUUAAUUUAUGCCAUUGCAUAUUUUAAAGUUAAUGUCACACCUGUUGUUCAUAAAAAAGAUGAAGCAUACUUUACGCUAAAGUAUGUUUUGUCACUAUCACACUUUACAAUAUUUGUCAUUGAAAAAUCAAGACAAAUAGACAUCAUUAACAGGGACAGUAAUUAUUACGUCAUUGUGUCAUUAACAUUAAAAGAUUUUGGAGAUUUUAGCAUUAAUAUUUGUACAAUAUAUCAGAUAAAUAAAAUAGCUUUAACUGUAUAAUAAA